UGUAUGCAUGAGUUAUACUGUAUAUGACAUCAAUAACGUUGGUCUCCAAACAACACUAACAAUACAGUGUUGACCCGUUUUUUUUUGUGUGACCACCCGAUUGAUUGAYUGGUAUAGCCACUGGUCAACUGGUGUUUAGCCGAAGCCACACACAAAUGGACAGCCAAUUGCAACGGGACGGCCGUCUAUUGCAAUUAGUGGACAAACAAUGGCGAGAAGAUAUGAAACARUUGCCAUCGGAAGACAUUGCCGUACCGGUCAUGCAAUUACCCGAUCCCGAACCGGAUAAYGGYAAUCCAAAUGAGACAUUAAAAGAUCUGGAGCUYAAGUGGACAGAUCUGGCACUGAAUCGUAUUACUAGUCGUGACAAYAAUAAUAAUAAUAGUCACGCGAACGGCAAUUGAUUGACAACAACAACAGCACGUGUUUUGUCGUCAUUUGUUUUGUAAAAUAUAUUGCGUUUUGAAUAAAGACAUUAAAAGACAUUUAUCUGUGUCCUCAAAAAAAAAUGUUGUUWUACCGAUCGUUGUGUCGCCGAUUAAG